AGACAACUCCAGAACAGAUUCACAUUAGUGGAAAAUGUUCAGCUAACACCAUCUACUCGCUUCCAGACUACUUCUGGACAGCAGCCAUCUGGAAUAGCUUUUUUGCAGUCUAACAGAAACCAGCAGAACUCAGGUGACCAAUUCCAAGGGUCAAACUCUGCAAGCAACUUCCGUUCUAAUGACAACAACAGAUUCACCACUGGAAGUCAGUCUCAGUCCAGUGCUCAGUUCAGAUCAGGUUCCUCUUCCUCCAGUGAAUUCGACGGUGUUUUCGAACCCCUGAACCUUCCCUCUGGAGCCAGUGCCAUCCUCGGAAGCAUCUCCACUUCCUUCAGCUGCGUCGAGAGGCCUUAUGGCUACUAUGCUGACCAAGACAACUCCUGCCGUGUCUUCCAUAUCUGCAAUCCUUAUCUCUUCUCUGAUGGAGAAGUUCAGACUUAUCAGUACAGCUUCAUGUGCGGCGAGGGCUCCAUCUUCGACCAGAACGAGAUGACCUGCAAGGCCGAAUACGAAGCCACCCCUUGCCAGGAGGCCCAGAACUUCUACUUCAGGAACGAACAAUUCGGUCGCCCUGAGGAAAAGUCUUUCUAAGAUGCCGCAACAACGAAGACCUCAAGGAAGCCUGGGUUUUGUCUCGCGCGAGCGACAGCUAAAUGAAUGUCGUCAUAUUUCUGAAAAGAGUCGAACUGACUGACCAAAAAAAAUGAUGAUUGCAUCAGCAUACAUUAUUUAAA